AAACAUCGCUAUACACACAGGCAGGGAUUUUAUGAAGACUUCGCUCUGUGUAUGAGAGGACGUUAAACCAGAAUUAGGACAGCCUUUAAGCUUCACAUGGCGCAUGGUCUGGAAUCCUAGAAACGGACAAGAGUAAACAACUAUCAACAAAACACCCCUCCAGCUUCAUGCUCAAUUUACAAACUGAUUUAAAUUGCAAAAUACAUGGUCUGCUAGUCUCAGACUGGCAUAACGAACUAUGUCUACAGAUGAGGAAAUUCCGAUCCCACCUCCGAAGGGGCUGGAACACUUUGUGAUUUAUACACACUGGGAAAGCCUAGAGGAGAAGACAUCAUGAGUAGCAGUCUCUAGGACAUUGUUAUAGUACCUAAUAUCAGUACAAACCAACCCAUCCCAGACUUUCUGUGAACAGAGGACUUUCUCGCCGCAGUACAUGGAACGACGGCACAAGCUAUAGCCUCCAGUCCUGCUUCUCUGCUCAUCAUGAAGGAUUGGCCCUCCCCUCCUGUUGCCUGAGGUCAAGCCAAGACAACACCAACCUGAUAAGUCUGGCUUAGCUAGCCACUUGAGUUUCAAUGCUCCACGCUGUUCUAAGAUGAGGGUAUGGAAAGAGGUCACCCUCACCUUCAUCCUGUUUGGUGCCUCGUUUUUCCUCCUGCUCAUAAGAAUCACAUUACCAGUUGGGACCUCCUACCCAAAGGCCUUAGAGAUCUCGUCUUACUCACAUCCAUCCAAAGCAUCUGCAUCACCACCAUCAUCAUCAGCAGCAUCCUCAACGAGAAGGCCAGUCCCACGGCGACGGGUCAGAGCUACAGAGAACAUGGGCUCUCUCCUCUCUGAAUUCUCCUACCUCUUCCAAAGCUUCACCGAGGGUGAACUGAGGAGGGUGAUUGCGACCCUGGUGGACCGGAAGGAGAGGAGGGUCCGAACCGAGGCUGGACGGAGGACCAAGCGAGCACGGAAAGGCCCAAAGCCAUGUUCGCUACACGAGAUAGAGCUGACCGUGAGCGAGCUGGGUCUCGGGUACGAAAGUGACGAAACGGUGCUUUUCAGGUACUGCGGUGGCAAAUGCACCCAUGACCGACGUAAUUAUGACUUUGUGAUGGAGCAUAUGCAUUUAAAUAACGGCUCCAGCGAGAAAGGCCGGCGAGGCCGGGAUAACGGAAAAACAGACAAGGUGCGCUACACACCCUGCUGUCGCCCUACAAAGUUUGAGAAGAAAAUGUCGUUCUUCGACAACAAGGACAGAUUCUACACCAUCCAGAAUGUAUCUGCGAGAGCGUGUGGCUGUGUAUGACAAUCUGGUAGCUAUGGAAACUUCAGGGAGUAUGCAUGUGCAUUACCAUGGCAAAAGAGGAUGCUUCGGAGCUUGUGGCUGUGUGGGAUUCCAUGGUAACUGUAGAAGCUUCGGAAAGUGUUACUGAGUGACACGCAGAAGACCACGGAGCUAUUCGAGAAUGUAGGGCAAAUUGCAAUUAUAAAACAUGCUAUGCCACCAUGGAAAGAGACAAAGCCAGAAACAAAGUCUAAAGCCAUGGCAACUAUGCAAAGUAAACUUAGAGUUUGAUUACUGGCACAGGCAACUGGUUAGUACUGACCAAACUGAUGCAAGGUCAUUUUUUCAACCAGAGGUGGAUCGCUGGUUUAAUCGGAUGGGACCAAAAGCAGGCGGGAGAUACUCUUGCCUUCCACUCGAAGCUUUUCUUAAAAAACAAAUACAGAUAUAUAUAUAGUAUUUAACCAAAGAGAUAUAUGUAUAUUUAUACAGUGGGGUCCACACCAGAGGUUGCAACCAUGACACUAUGUCAGUGAUUUACUGCAUGAUAAAGUGCAUAAAAGUAUAAGAACAAAAGAACAGAAAUGCAAACGUUUCUGCCAACUAUACUUGCUUUUAAUCCAAGAACAAACACGUCGUUUAGAGCACAAUACUCCGUUAUUUGAGUGGAAUACCUAAAUAGACUGAUCUUCAGAUGUGCCUCUCAUCUGUGUCACUUCAUGUUGAUAUCAGACACACUGAAGAAGCAACACAAAGUCCUCAUGGUGGCGUAGUGACUCGCCUCAAUCCGAGUGGUGGAGGACGAAUCUCAGUUGCCUCCGCGUCUGAGACGGUCAAUCCGCGCAUCUUAUCAUGUGGCUUGUUGAGCGCAUUUCCACGGAGACCUAGCACGAGUGGAGGCUUCACGCUAUUCUCCGCGGCAUCCACGCACAACUCGCCACUCGCCCCACAGAGAGCGAGAACCACAUUAUAGCGACCACGAGGAGGUUACCCCAUGUGACUCUACCCUCCCUAGCAACCGGUCCAAUUUGGUUGCUUAGGAGACCUGGCUGGAGUUACUCAGCACGCCCUGGAUUCGAACUCGCGACUCCAGAUUUGGUAGUCGCCGUCAAUACUCGCUGAGCUACCCAGGCCCCCAGGAGGUCAGCGUUAACCUUUUGGGAGACUAUUUAACUCGCUUUUAGUGCCACAGAGUGGACAUUUCACCCCUCAACUGCGGCAAUACGGAGCCACGUAAUAUCAUUUUGUAAAAUGAGUGCCACGGUCACAUUAUUUUCAUGAGAUCAGGCUCAAAUGUUCUGUUUAUAUCCAGUUUUAAAUGACUAAAUUAAAAAAGUUUUCAACGUGGUCUCAAACGUUUGGACCCCACUGUAUUUUCGAGAGUUACAACGAGAGCUGUUCACUUUUGUUACGAAUCCAAUUUCUGAAUACUGAAGUAUGAAGUGCAACACGAUUGUGAAAACUACCUCAAUUUCUUUCUAUUUGCUUGUUUUCUUGCUUGUUAUGCAUGCAGAGAAUCUUGCUCGACCGCACCCCCAUCCUGGGAUUACACUAGUCAGAAAUAUGAAUCAAAGGUAUAGAGAAAUGCUUCUCUCCCCACAAGUCACUCAGGAUAUUACACAAAGCAUCACUGUCAAUUGAAGCAUAAAGACUUUCUAAUUGGUCUUUAAAGCCUUGCCAAAACAUGUCUGGUCAAAUCCAACUUUCUCUCGUCUUUGAGACGGUUUCUCCACAGAUCUUGAUACUUAAGACCCUUUUUUCAAAGGCAAUAAUGAAGUACAGCUUUAGAGGUUUUCCCAUAAGUAUGGUCCAUCGAAGACCUUAAAAGUUGUCUCCAUGAUCACUGUUCAUGUUUACAUUCUUAUAAACAACUGACAUCACAUGACAGAUUUAAGUCCUUUUCAGCAGCAAAAUCCAUCCAUUUGUUUUCCUUAAACAUGUUUAUGAACAUGUCAAUGUAAUCUUUACUUGUGCAGAUGCAACACUCUUAAAAAUAAAGGUCCUUAAAUGGUUCUUUUCAGCACAAAACCCUCUUCUUAUCAAAAACCAUUUCAGCUCUUGGGUUAUUGUUUAAUAGUUCUUGCAGUUCUGGGUUUUUUAAAGCAACAGUAUAUCAUUUUCCCUCACGCCAUUGUUGUUACAAACUAGAGGUCGACCGAUUGUGGAUUUUGCAUAUACGAUAAGUAAGGUGGUGGGAAAUGCAGAUAACCGAUUAACCGCCAGAUCGUUUUUCAAAUCUAUUUAUAUUUUUAUUUUCUAUACUAUACUGACGGGCUAAGACAAAGAGUCCAAAAUGAAUAAAAUCCCAGAUUUUUUUUUAAUUAAUUUUUUUCCAAGCAAAUCCCAAUUAUAUAACAAGAUUUGGUGCAUAACGCAGGACUUGUAUGUAAAAACAAGCCCAAAACA